AUGCCGCCGACACACCCGGAAGAUAUAGAGUUGAACAACGCCCUCCACGCGGCCCUAACCUGCACAACAUGCUCAAUCACCCACAUCCCCAAAUUCAUCUUCCACCUCGACUUAAAACGAGGAAUCUACAAUGCUUCCCGCAACCCUCCGUUCCGUAUAGCCCGGCCUGAACCGGAUGUCGCCCCGGAUGAGAUCCUACAGUCUAUCACCAUUACCCUCACAGCCACCAUCUCCGUCUUCGUAUAUAGCAGCAUUCACAGGGACAUCGAUAUCCACAUUGACACUCACGCACCCCUCAACAUCAUCUACACCUGCAACUUCACCACCAACAUCGCCAUCACCACCAACACCAACACCACCCUCUCCCCAUCCAAGAAACCCAACAUUCCAAUCCUUUCCCCCCCUUACAAAACACACCACCAGCGCCAGCGCCAGCGCCAGUACCACCACACCCCCCAAAACCCGCCUCUACCCCCUCACCCCUCCCAAUCCACCGCCUACACCUCCCAAAUAACCACUUACCUAUCCCUCGACCCAUCCCACGACGAGCCCUUCGCACAAUACCUCGUGGACUAUCACAUCCACGUACACUACAUGUUGCAGCGGGGGGUGCUGGGACUAUGUCGCGACGUGAAGGACGUGUAUGAGGUGAAGGGGUGGAGGGGAAGGGUUCACGAGAUAGAUUUGCGGGACAGGGAGCGGAAUGAGAAGCAUAACGGGAAUGGAAAUGGGGAUGGGGAUGGGGGUGGGAAUUUGGCACCAGGAGGUGGGACUCUCUGCCCGGAAGGCCAGGAACAAGGACAAGGACCACGAUCAGAAUCAGAACAAGUGCAAGUGCAAGCGCAAGCGCAGUAUAAAUCCGUGGGAGCACGAACACGAAGCGGCUGGACCGACGACCCGAAUCUGCAGAUGGUAUACCAGAUGGCGCUAUGGCGGAAACAAGGGACAGCGCGACAGCGGCGAAUCGACGAGGUGAGGGUGCGAUGGGCGGGGAUUAUGGAGGAGCGGCGACGGCAGCGCGAACGAGAGCUGCAGCUCCAAAUGCAGAAGCAAAUGCAGAUGCACCGGCGCAAGGGCAAUGUCAAGGUGCGGGUGUAUUGCAAGCAGGCGGCGGGGGGGCGGAGUCUCUUACGGGAGGUGGAGCUGGAUGAGGUGUCGUUUGGCGAGUUGAUCAGAUGA